AUGGCUCCGAAAAGAAAAGCUGUCUCCCUGACCAAUAGGAGAGACAAGCCUAAGUCUGCUCCUGCAUCACGAAAACGCCGCUGCCAAAAGUAUACCGCCCACAUCAGCUGCACCGAUCCAUUCCGCUGUCUCAAUUUUGACUGCGCGAGUAUUAUUUUCGAGCACCUGGAUCCUGUGUCCAUUGUUCGCUGCGAGCGAGUCGACAAAGCCUGGAGGAAACUCAUGCGACUCUGGAUAUGCACCCUUGGUCUUCGCAUCCAUUUCCCCGACGCCUGGAAUCCAGAGAUUAAACAGGACGAAAACGUGUCAGUCAAGAUUUAUAAAGAGCAGGCCGCACCAUUUGCAACCUUUCCCGCUGGCAGGGCGAGCGCCGGGCGCAAAAUCUCGGCGUACAUGAAGCUUUUUACUGUAGCGGGGGACUACGCAGCCUGGUACGAUGGGCGCCGUAUACGCUGGCAGAACCUCAAUUUCCGUACAGACGGGUCACUCCACCCGACUCAGACAUUGGAAUUGGAGCUGAAGGAGGACGAGGAUCUUGCCCAGAUAGAGUGUCUGCGUUUGAAUAAGGAGGGUUGUCUUCUGAUUCGGGCAUUGCCAAUGAUUGGGACGUAUAAAGACUUCCUGGUUGACUUGAAGACCGGAAAGAUCAAGUGGAGGCGCGACGAGCUUGCGACAGUUGCCAUGGAUCCGAUAGGUGACUGCCGAAUACUAUGGCCAGUGUUGCUUGGUGCAGAGAGAGCGUACUACGUGAACGAUCGAGUCAUUGCAGUCCUUGAUAACAGCUCCGGUGUCCUACUGUACGAGACCCCAUUGCACAAUGCGAACUGGGAAGACGCUUGGCAUAUUGGGACUUUCGGCCGCAGAUGCAUUUCCGAAAACCACUCUGCCCUAGUCAAACUUGCAGGCCGUGAGGUUCUCGUGGGCAUUAUACCCGUCCAUAACGCGUUGCACCGGAGCAGCAUCCUACACAUCUUGGACAGUGAGACAGGGAACGCACUUCAACGGAUUCCGUUUACAAGGCAAGACCGCACAACACUUUUGGUUUCGCCGGACCAGCGCUCAUUUGCAAUCGUGGACAAUACGCCUGACUUCAAGGCACUGAUAAUCAGAAAUUUCACUCCGGCACCGGAUGGGCGGUCUUUCGCACAGCAUCUCCAGCUUGUAGACCACCGGACGAAAGUAUUCGGCUCGUUGGUUUCAACUCCUGUGACUGUCGAUCCGUUCCGGUCUCUUGUGGUAUUAAUCGACGAGUACAAUGAGCCUCGAGUCGCAGCGUUGAUAGAGCGCCAGGGGGCUUUAAGCAAGACGAUGCAGGGGCAUAAGAACACCUACGGCACCAAGGGCAAUGUGUUGUUCAAGGGCAUGCAUCGGGAGGUUACCCUUCCGCCUACACGAACUGGUGGCCCUCGCCGAUCGUUUCUGCUCAAUGAUAGAACGCACAGCGGAAAUGACAUUCUUCAUGUGCACUUGGUGGAUGGGCAUAGGGUAGUCAUUGAGGCCAAUCGCUGGGUUCCUCGGCCGGCGUGGUCAGAAGCCCUAACACAGUGUCACAAUAUGGCUGAGUAUAUGAUUCUGGAUUUCAAACUGCGGCCUGGCGAGGUGCAUCCCUGCGAUGAGGAGGAAUCUGAGCAGACUACGCCAGACACUUCGUCAGACACUUCGCCAGACGAUGGGAUAGGAUUUUUGUUUCUCUAG